CCCUCCGCCGCCAAGAUCUCAGCGCUGCGAAAACUCAUGCUCCCAAGAACAGCCAAGGCUCGACGACCUUCUGUUGCAGGAUGGACGGCAGCGUAGCUCAGCCAAACGCGUGGAUCGCGGUGUAGCUACGCUGCGGGCUGGUCUUGGCCCCUACUAUGUAUGCAGUGCUAUAUAACGCCCACGCUUUCCAGCCUCGAGACAUCCGGGUUCUCGUGUCUCCAUCCCGCCGACGUUUCUCUCCGCGGAUUUUAUUCGUGAGUUCAAUAUGGGCAGACUCAGCUCUCUCGCCGCGGUAGUAGCGGCGUCCCUGUCCGCGGCCACCGCCCAGACCUUCCAGCGGCUUGGCACGUGUCCGGACCUGGGCUGCGUACUGCCGCCUGACCAGUCCGACUUCCUGCCGGGUCAGUACUUCGACCUACGGCUCGAGGUCCACGCCCCGGUCAACGGGUCCGAGGCGUUCAACGACGGCGUGCCAGACGAGGGGUUCUCCGUCACGAUCGCCAAGGAGGGCGGCGAGGCCAGAAGCGUGGCGGAGUUCUUCGCUGUCGAUGAGCCGGAGCUUGAGACCUGGGAUUUCAAGUGGUAUGAGGAUCUGUUUGCGAAGGACGCAGAGACCCCGUCUGUGGUCAAUGUCGCGUCGAAGAUUUACCGGAGGAUUGCUAUCUAUGAGCCGGGGAACUACGUUGUCACAUUGACGUAUUAUGAUGGUCAGACGACGACGGCGAAUUGGGUUGUGCGACCCUUGGCUACGCAAAAAAAGGCUAAGAAUGUGAUUUUGUUCAUUGGUGAUGGUAUGACUACCAACAUGAUUACGGCCGCUCGUCUUCUCGGCCACAAGAGCAUCAACGGAAAGUACCAAUCUCUGCUGCAGAUGGACCAGUUCCCUGUGUUGGGACACCAAAUGACCCAUUCCAUUGAUAGCUUCAUCACCGACAGCGCUAACUCGGCAUCUGCUCUCUACACUGGGCACAAGAGCACUGUCAAUGCUAUGGGUGUCUAUGUUGAUUCAUCUGCCGAUUCUUUCGAUGACCCGAAAGUUGAGACUCUUGUUGAAAUAUUGAAGCGUACUUGGGAUUCUGCUUGGGGAGCCGUCUCGACAGCAGCCAUCUCCGAUGCCACUCCUAUCGCCCUCACCGGCCACAGCCGUUCUCGCUACGCCUAUGGUUCUCUCGUUGACCAAGGACUGAACUCAGUCACCAACUACUCCUGGACGAACCACGGCGGUCCCGACGUCUGGUUCGGAGGCGGAGCAGAACAAUUUAACCCCGGAUCCGGCAGCUACGAGGGCAAAGACUACUACGAAGCCUUCGCAAACGCCGGAUACGAUAUCAGCCUAAAUAAAACCUCUCUCCUCGAGCUCGGAAACAGUAGCAAGGCCCUCGGCAUCUUCUGCAAGUCUCAUUUCCCCGUCUGGCUCGACCGCAACGUGUUCACGGACAACCUAGCCACCUUCGAGAACGACCCCUUGGGCUCCGAAAGCCCCGCCCUCGACCUACCGGGCCUGAAAGAAAUGACGCUAAAGGCGAUCGACAUCCUGCACACGCGCGGCGGCGACAAGGGUUUCUUCCUAAUGUCGGAAGGCGCAUCAAUCGACAAGCAGAUGCACGCGUUGGACUACGACCGCGCGCUCGGCGACCUCCUCGAGCUCGACGACACCGUGCGCGCCACCGUGGCCCACCUCAAGGCCAUCGGCGAGCUCGAGUCGACGCUGGUCCUCGUGACGGCGGACCACGGCCACGGCUUCGACGUGUACGGCGGCGUCGACACGCAGUACCUGUCCUCGCAGCGCAGCGACCGCGACAAGCGCCGCGCCGUCGGCACCUACGAGAUGUCGGGCCUGUCGCAGUACACCGUGGCCGUCGACGGCGUGUCCUACGGCACCGGCCCCAACUUCCCCGUCAACUGGGACCCGCGGUACGCGCUCGCGCAAGGGUUCAGCGCGAACCCGGACCGCAGGGAGGAUUUCCGCGUCCACAAGUCCCCGCGCAAGGCCGUGAGCAGCACCCCCGGUUUUGAUAAGGCCGAUAUGUUCGUCGACGCGAAGGAUAGCCCCGACGGGUUCGUGGUCAACGGCACGUUGUCCGUCACGGAGUCUUCGGGCGUCCACUCGUUGACCGACGUCGCUGUUUUUGCGAUGGGGCCGUGCCAGGAAAUGUUUUCGGGCGUGUAUGGGAAUGUGGAUGUGUUUUAUAAGAUGGCGAGCUGUUUGGGGUUGGCGAGGCCGGAUGAUAAGACGCCUGCGGAUCCGGGGAAUGGGUGUGGGUCGAAGCAUUAAAGGGUUGAAGGGAUUAGGGGGGAACGUGUAAUAGUAGAAAUGCGGUAUGAGGGACGCGUUGAUAUGAUGAGUUAUCUUCUACUGUAUAAGUUAAUGCUAAUGUAUGCUCCAAGGCGAGUUGUCUUCACCUUCUGACGGAGCGGGCCUGUUUAUGGGGUUGUUGAGUGCGCCGAUCCUUUUGAACUUGCCAUCCUUUUCUACCUUACCAAGAUCCCACUAAACCACUCCGAGGUAUUCAUCAACGGGG